ACAGUCCCACUGAAACUUCAACAUUGUUCUCCUGCAUCUUUCUUAGUUAUGUUAGCAUCCCGUUAGCAUCCAGCUGUGUUGACAGUCAGGUGACCUCCAGAGAGUCAUCCAUAACCUCUGCUACAUUCUCCUACUACUCUCCAGUAAUUUCUGCAGUGGGCUUUGGGUUCUCCACUAAAAGGGGAGUUUAACGAGACUGACUGAACCGAUCAGAACCGGGAUGAACCCAUCCGUCCUGUUGCUCGGCUCUCCGCCAUCCUGUCCUCCUGCCUCUGAGCAGUUGUCAUGGUAACCGGGCUCCCGCCGUCGGUCGCGCGCGCUGAGUCGGAGGGACGGUGAGUCACCGCGAGCUGCUCCGGGAGCGCUAACAGCCGCCGACACCGAACCGGAACACCGACGCGGACCGGACCGCCUGCUCCCGAACCGGGCCCGCUGGCGUUCUGCUGGCCGCUGGCAGACGGAUCCGCAGUGACGUCACGCCCAGCCGCUGUCGCGUUGACUUGUAUGAGGCAGACUGUUGCUGCUGCAGCUGGGUUCCCUUCAGCCUGCAGGAUGCUGCUGGUGCUGAAGGCCAACAUGUUGCUGCAACCACAGCGGUUCUGCAGCAACUGACCCAGAAGCUCCUGCAGGACCUUCAGCUGCUCCACGGACCAGCAGAUGGACAUCUGGUUUCCUGAUUGGACGGACGGACGUCCUCCACAGUCUGACUGAGCUGCUCUCCUGGUCUCAGUCAGGUGAUCCAUUGUGUUAAACCCCGCCCCCACCAUUCUUUAGGUCAGAGCAACGACCAAUAAGAUGAACCGGCUGAAGGAGGCAGAGCUUGGCCAGGAGAUUGAAGGCCAGGUUCAGACCUGGGCGCAGUCUCUGGUCUACACUGUGGAGGAACUGGAGUGUAAAAUCUGCUACAACCGAUACAACACGCGGAGCAGGAAACCCAAACUGCUGGGCUGUCUGCACCGGGUCUGCGCCAAGUGUCUGAAGAAGAUGGUGGACAUGGGCGACUCUUCACCAACCGUCAUCAGCUGCCCGUUCUGCCGCCACGAGACCUACGUGCCUGACGAGGAGGUGUGGUUGAUGGAGGACGACCGGCACAUCAUGGCGGUUCUGUCCUGUCAGGACCGCGCUCAGCAGGAAGGAGUAGCAGCAGGAAAAGGGGGGGGAGGUUCUGAGGUGGUGUUGACUCCCACAGCUUUGAAAGGAGGAGGAGCAGACACUUCUCACCGUUCCUCAGACUGUCUGGUUAUCACCAUCAUGGAGCUCCCAGAUGAUUCUCCAUCCUCUGACUCACUGAGCAUGCUCAAUGUGGUGGGUCUUUACCGCCCCCCCAGCCUGGACUCUCUGCCCUGCAACUUGCCAACUCAGAAGUGUCGCGCCUGGACAUCCCGUAGUUUUCCACGCUGCCUGCUGGGGGCGCUGUGUAUGGUGUACUUCAGCUCGCUGCCACUGGGGAUCUACCUGCUGAUGAUUGGUCAGCUGCUGAUGGGCGUGGUGCUGGUCAGUCUGGUCCCGUCCACGCUGCUGCUGCUCGUCCUCUACGGAUUCUGUCAGUGCAUAUGUCAGGAGGUGCGGGAGGCCAUAGCGGCGCGCAGGCUGCCCUGACAGCAGCGUAGGCCGCCGUCUGGGCAGCAGGAAGAGUGCUGCCACAAUGACAAGAAGAGCUGAUGUGGGGAUCACACCUAACAUCCAACAUUCAACACCAGAACCACAGAACUGAAACCAGAACGACACCAUCAGAGCUGAAUCCUCCGACCCAACACGCUCCUUCCCUUUUUGAGCACCAGCACCCUCUCUUUGCCAAAACAGCCAGAGAAGGACCAGGAGACGUCUUCAUUAGAGCCAGAGAACUUUGAUCUGAAGCUGAUCACCAGCUGAUCACCACUGACUGUUAACCAAUCAGAGGACAGGUUCAUCUGUAGAUGUUGGAUUUCAUGUGCAGUUGGACAGGCUGUAAACUCCUGUUAAUAUGUUGCUAAUAACGUGCCAUAAACACAUGUGUAACAUUC